UCUGCGCAGUUAAUCAGUCACUGCCCCCUCACUGGGCAAGGGGCACUUGGUAGAUCUGCUGUCUGCCCCUGGUGUGGUGUGUGACCAGGGAUUUAACAAUGCUCUGGACACGACUGCCGCUCUCCUGCCACUCCAGACCCUCUACAGCUGACUGGCAGCCCCUGCGUUUUGAUGGUGGGGCCUUCCAUCUCAAGAAAACAGCGGAGCUGGCGCGUGCUUUGCUGGUGCUUCGCCUAUGCGCCUGGCCCCCGUUGGUUACCCAUGGACUCGCGUUUCAGGCCUGGUCUCAGCGACUCCUGGGCUCCCGUCUCUCGGGUGCACUUCUCCGGGCAUCCAUCUAUGGGCAGUUUGUGGCCGGGGAGACAGCAGAGGAGGUGAAGGGCUGUGUCCAGCAGCUUCAGGCGCUAGGACUCCUGCCUCUGCUGGCGGUACCCACGGAGGAAGAACCCGACUCCACUGCCAAGACCAGUGAGGCCUGGUAUGAGGGGAACCUCAGCACCAUGCUGCGCUGUGUGGACUUGUCACGAGCUCUCGUGGACACCUCUGGCCCAGCCAGAAAUAGCCUCAUGCAGCUGAAGGUGACGGCGCUGACCAGCCCUCGGCUUUGUAAGGAGCUAUCGACUUGGAUCCAAAAGUCAACAGGCUCCUCAGAGCUGAGCCCUGAGAGGCUGGCAGAAGCUAUGGACUCAGGCAAGAACCUGCAGCUCUCCUUCCUCAACGCCCAACAGAAUCAGCACCUGCAGGCCUCUCUCAGCCGCUUGCAUCACGUGGCCCAGUAUGCCCGGGCCCAGCACGUGAGGCUCCUGGUGGAUGCGGAGUACACUUUCAUCAACCCCGCCCUCUCCCUGAUGGUGGUUGCCCUGGCCUUGCGCUGGAACAGACCAGAGGAGGGCGGGCCAUGGGUGUGGAACACUUACCAGGCCUAUCUGAAGGAAACUCACGAACGGCUGGAGCGGGACGCUGAUGCCGCACACAAGGCUGGCCUGGCGUUUGGGGUGAAGUUGGUGCGAGGUGCCUAUCUGGACAAGGAGAGAGCCGUGACACAACUCCAGGGGAAGGAGGAUUGCACUCAGCCUGACUAUGAGGCCACUAGUCGAAGUUACAGCCGCUGUCUGGAGCUGAUGCUGCACCGCGUGUCCCAGCAUGGUCCCCUGUGCCACCUCAUGGUGGCUUCUCACAAUGAAGAAUCCGUUCUCCAAGCAACUAAGCGUAUGUGGGAGCUGGGCAUUCCUCUGAAUGGGCCUGUCUGUUUUGGACAACUUCUGGGCAUGUGUGACCAUGUCUCCCUGGCACUAGAGAACCUGCAGCUGGCUCAUCCUCCAGUUCCUCCCAGACAGAUCAGUGUUCCAGGAUUUGGAGCCCUCACAGGGAUAUGCCCUGUGUCUUCUCUCCUGACCUGUGCUGGUUCUCAUUUAUGGUGCCAUAUUGCCUGUGGUUUAGGGUCCUGACUGCUGCUCCCUGAGACCUUAGACUGGAUUUUUUUCCUUCUGUGGGUUACUAAGGGUAACGAGAGCACUUUAUUACUGGGAAGAUGGCUCAAUGGGUAGAGCGCCUAACGUGCAAGCCUGAAGACCUGAGUUUGAAUCCCCAGGACCAUGCCAAAGCUAGACAGUAAGGCAAAUGUCUAUCACCCUAGAAUGUUUAUGGAAAUGGGAGACAAAGGUAGGAGGUUCCCCAGUAGUUUGCGGCCGACUAGUCUAGUUUUAUGCAAUUCAUAGAGGCCCUUCUCGUGCAAGGUAAAAAGGAGAGAAACAACCCCCACAGGUUGUCCUCUGACCACACACAUACACACACACACGUACAUACACACAAGCACACACGCACACACAAGCACACAUGCACACACGCAUACCCCACAAUAAAGAGACGUUAUUGUUUUCAAAGAUCA